GGCACAGGCUCCUCACAGCAGCACGUUUGAAUCUCGGCAUAUUCAGACAGGAUACAGAGAAAUUCCAUAGAGAGACAAAAGUAGUGGCUGGAGCACCUGGUGAAGCUUGUGAUCAGGAGGGAUUCCUAACAGCUGGGAAAGCACAAAAAUGAAACGGGAGACUGUUUCCUGGAUGGCUGCCUGUUUACUGUUUGCAUCUCUAACCAGAGGUCAGCCAGACAAAACAUGCCAUGCGUUUGUUGGAGAAACUGUCAUUUUGCCUUGCACCACCACUUCUCCUGGAAAGCUGAUCCCUUCCAAUUCAAUGCUCUACUGGCAGGUAGACUCUGUCUUAGUGCAUUUUUCUCGCAAUGGGCAGGAUUCACUGGAGCGCCAGGACAAACAGUAUCGUGGCAGAACUAGUCUUUUCUGGGACCAGAUGAAGCAUGGAAACUUUUCCUUAAAGCUUUCCAAUGUCCAGUUGCUGGACACAGCUGUAUAUACUUGCAUCUACAAGCAGAAUGGGGCUCAUCCCACGCAGAAAUCUAAAAUUAAACUCACUGUUUCAGCUCCAUCUAGCAAUGAGGAGGUUCCUUCCCCUUCUGGAUACAGUCAGAUUUCUUCUAGUAGCCCUGCUGAUACACCGUGUCUCGCUAUGCUUCCCAUCUUUUUCCACCUCCUGGUCACACUGGGGGUUUGGCACCCAUAAGUGGAGAAGCCAAUUGUUCUUUUGGGAAAUUCCCCUCGCUAUAGGACCUCAUGGGGCAGAACAGCACUGUAGGGUUGCCGUGACAAUUGCUCCAGAGCCACGUGAAAGAAACAUCAAUGGCUGAAAACAGAUCUAAGCACUAAGUGUUUGUGUCCCGCAUCUUGGUGCUCCACAAAGGCAAAGGCAGCAAAACUCAGAGGUGGCAAGCCUGCUCUUUUGGUGUUUUCUUGGAGUCCAGUUUUAGUGCUGCUGGUAUGGACAUUUUAUUUUGGAUUCUGUGGGUUUGCCCUAAUGACAAGAAAAAAGACUCACCAAACUACAAGGUCAAGUUAUAAUUGACCCUAGUGAGGGUCUUUUGCCCAAGAUCUCAUCUGAUGUCCUUCAAGAGAACUGAAUGGAGGAGAUGGGAUAAUUACUGUGUCAGAUAAAAACUAGAAGUGGGAAGAUGCUUGCCUUUUGUGAAACAUAAGGAUGGAAACCUUAUGUGAAUCUUGAUCCUGUGGAACUUCAGCUUCUAUUUUUACACUUAAGUGUCAUGGGCUAUCAGUAAUGACAUCUUUUUUCCACAAGAAAUGUAGCAUUACUUCAGCAGAAGGGUGAAGCUGACUGCGAAAGAUUAUGGAAGUUCCCAAAACAUCAACACAGAGGAAGGAAGUGAUGUAUUAUUACAAAAUCCACUUCUAAAUAGGCCAAAAGUUUUAGAAGGCUGGGUUCAGUAUCUCCUCUUUUUGUCACGAAACACAGCAAGGUCAACGUGAUCAUCGUGCAAAAGCUGGAUUCUGAAGCUACAACUGUGCGAUAAGAAACUGUUUCUGUGACAAUGCUAUUUCUUUAAAGGAGAAAAAAAGAAUCAAAAACUGGUCACAAUUAUUUUAAUUGAUACCUAUGGAAAUGAAAGGGAUUUAGUUGUGGAAAUGUUCAAUUCAGGUAACAUAGAUGCUCUGCGUAAAAGUACAAUUGAAAGGAUCCUGUAUACCAACAAUAUGAGGAAAGUGCAGAAGUUUUGCCUGAGGCCAGAGCUGCUGCAGCUGCCCUCUCACAGAAGGGAGAAGCAUUGGGAGAACUGGUGAGCAGCAGUGGUGUUGACUGCAGCACGCUCCUCCAGCCUCAGCCCUCCUCCAGCUGAGGGAAGUGACUCACCAGGACACACACCAAGUCAUUUUUAUUUGGAAUGCUCCCACCCUCUUUCCAACAGAAAGGCAGGACUAUUUUUGCAAGGAAAUGGGAAAAAAUAAAUAAAAAAGAAUUUCCAAGUGGUAUCCAUUGAGGUAAAGGAGGGAGUUACCUUUGGUUUUCUAAACAAGGAGCCCUUUCCUCAUGGUGGGGAAGAGAAGCAAAAUCCCAUGCACAGCCUGUGCUGCUGCUGCUGCAGUGAAGCUCAGUUAGUACUUGGGCUACCCAGUGAACAGAGUAGCUUAGCGUCACAGCUGAGGGUCCUGCUUCACUGAAAGACAUGAAUAGAAGAAUUGUACAUACUGUCAUUGCUGCUUUUUUGUGUCCCACUUUCCACAUUU